CACUACAGACUACAACCCUCUUUCCCUUUCUCACACUCCCCUCCCUCUCACUCCAAUCUCACUCUCCAUUUCUAACCAACCAACACUCCUCAAACCCAAAAUUAUAAAUUUUUAAAAAUGGGUUGCACGGCGUCGAAGCUGGACAACGAGGACACGGUCCGGCGGUGCAAGGAGCGGCGCAGCCUAAUGAAACAAGCCGUCCACGCUCGCCACCACUUGGCGGCGGCGCACGCCGAUUACAUCAGGUCCCUCCGCCUCACCGGCUCCUCUCUCUUCACCUUCGCCCAGGGCGAACACCUCUCCGUCUCUCACCAAACCCCCGCCGUCCUCCUCCACUCCCCCUCCAAUCACAUCCCGCCACGUGUCCCUUCCCAAUCUCCACCUCCACCGCAACCGCAACAAUCACAGCCGCAGCAACAACCUCAACCUCGUUUCUCUCCUUCGCCGUCUCCUACCAUCCAAACCUCCAAGCUCCCUCACAUACUCUCCGCCUCAACGACUCCGCGUCGCGUCAAAACGGCGCCGAAAGUCGCGAAACGACGGCAGCCGAAGCUGCCUCACAUAUUAUCGGAAUCGAGCUUGGCUUCCUCGACGCCGAGGAGCGAGAGCUUUGGGCAUUUCGGUAAUUAUGGACCGACGGCUUACCAGGCGGGCUCGACGUAUUCGAGCACGCCUUCGCAGUCUCAAGCUUCGUCGGUUUGGAACUGGGAGAAUUUCUACCCGCCUUCGCCGCCUGACUCUGAAUUCUUCCACCAGCGAGCUCAGUCUCUCGACGUUCCUCACCGGAGCCACCACUUGGAUCCUGACUACGACGACGACGAACACGAAGGUGAAGUGCACGACGGACACGAAACGGAGAAAUCGGAGUACGAUUUCUUUGAGAAGAAGGUUGAGAAUAAUCGGAAAAUUCCGGAAGCGACGACGACGGAGCAGAGGGAAGAGGUGGAGUGUAGCGAGUGGGAUGACCAUUACAGCACGACGACGAGUUCGUCUGAUGAGGAAGAGGAAGAGGAGGACGAAGAAGGAGAAGGAGGAGCGCGUGGACGCGGUGAUGAGGAUGAUAGGGAUUUGAGAUCGGAGAUCGGUGCGAGGUCGAAUUUCGGCUCGUCGGUGAGAGCGGAGUCGGUGAGGUCGGAGUUGCCGCGGACGUAUCCGACGAGAUCGGAGAAUUUGGAGGACGCCGCGGCGUCGUCGUCGGCGGGGAUGAGCUACACGGCCGGAGAGAUGUCGGACCGGAGGAUGGUGGUGAGGCACAAGGACUUGAAGGAGAUCGCGGAGGCGAUCAAGGAGUAUUUCGAUAAAGAAGCCGCCGCCGGAGACCAGGUCUCGGAGAUGCUCGAGGUCGGUCGAGCUCAACUCGAUCGGAGUUUCAGACAGCUCAAGAAGACUGUGUAUCAUUCAAAUAGUAUGUUGAGUAACUUGAGCUCGAGUUGGACUUCAAAACCGCCUCUGGCGGUUAAGUACCGGCUCGACGCCGGUUCUCUAGAUGAACCGGGCGGUUCAAAAAGCCUCUGCUGCACUCUGGACCGGCUCUUAGCUUGGGAGAAGAAGCUCUAUGGAGAAGUCAAGGCUAGAGAAGGUGUGAAGAUUGAGUGUGAAAAGAAGUUAUCCGCUCUCCAGAGUCAGGAGUACAAAGGAGAGGAUGAAACCAAGUUAGACAAGACCAAGGCUUCAAUAAAUAAGCUGAAGUCACUAAGGAUUGUCACAUCCCAGGCUGUCUCUACCACCUCAACUGCUAUCAUCGGUCUAAGAGACUCUGAUCUUGUUCCUCAGCUUGUUGAACUUUGUCAUGGGUUCAUGUACAUGUGGCAUUCAAUGCACCAGUACCAUGAAGUUCAAAAUGGUAUUGUGCAGCAAGUCCGGGGCCUUGUGAAUCGGUCAACCAAGGGUGAUUCAACUUCUGAGUUACAUCGGCAGGCAACUCGUGACCUUGAAUCAGCUGUCUCUGCCUGGCACUCCAGUUUCUGCCGACUUAUAAGGUUUCAACGGGAUUUCAUCCGGUCCCUCCAUGGGUGGUUCAAGCUCACCCUUCUACCGGUUGACAAUGACAACGUCAAUGCCAACAGGGAAACCUCUGAUGUAUAUGCCUUCUGUGAUGAGUGGAAGCUUGCCCUUGAUCGUGUUCCAGACACAGUUGCUUCUGAAGCUAUCAAGAGCUUUGUCAAUGUUGUCCAUGUAAUAACCAUAAAACAAAGUGAAGAGUUCAAGAUCAGAAAACGUACCGAAACUGCAUCAAAGGAGCUUGAGAAAAAGGCUUCAUCUCUUAGAACUAUAGAAAAGAAGUUCUACCAUUCAUACUCUAUGGUAGGUAUUGGGCUUCCUGAUGCGGGGCCUGACAAUGGGCAGGCAUUGGAUGCCCGGGACCCUCUUGCCGAGAAGAAAUCAGAGCUUGCAGCCUGCCAAAGGCGGGUGGAAGACGAGAUGCUGAGGCAUUCAAAGGCUGUAGAGGUGACAAGAGCAAUGACGCUAAAUAAUCUUCAGACAGGCUUGCCAGGCGUUUUUGGGGCAUUAACCAGUUUCUCUGCCUUAUUUACAGAGGCUCUCGAGACAGUAUGCAACCGUUCCUAUGCUAUCAAAUAGAUUUACAUAAAAUUAUUCUACUUGGGUUUCUGAGGUAAUAUGGAAUUGGUAAGGGCUGGGAUUUUUUGACGGAAGGCUCUUUUUAUGCAUUAGUGUUUUUAGUUUUGGGGUUCUUUUGACAAUGUAAAUAUGAGGAAUUUUCAAUUUUGUGAUUUUAUCAUUCCUCUUUUGAUGGCAAGGAAAAAUGUAUCUGUACAGGAAAUUUCUUUGGAUUGUUGUAUCAGAUGUUCACAAAUUGAGGAGAUGAAUAAAUAUACACCUUCUACUC